AUGCCGUCCUUGACACGUCUCUUGAUUCGAAACUGUAAAAGGCUUAAGAGAUUGCCACAGCUUAAGCCACUGACGAAUCUUCAGAUUCUUGAUGCCUCUGGUGCUACAAUGUUGGUUGAGAUGCUUGAAGUGUGUUUAGAAGAGAAGAAAGAGCUUAGAAUCCUUAACAUUUCAGACACAAGUCUUCCCGAGUUAGCCGACACGAUUGCUGAUGUUACCAAUCUCAAUCAGCUUCUGAUAAGGAACUGCUCCAUGGUUAAAGAGCUUCCAAGCAUUGAGAAGCUAACACACCUUGAGGUUCUUGAUGUUUCCGGUUGCAAUAACUUGGAGAAGAUCGAUGGAUCUUUCGAUAAGAUGUCUUAUCUCCACAAAGUGAAUUUUUCGGGAACGAAUAUCAGUAAGUUACCUAACAAAAUCUCGGAGCUAGCUAACCUCAAAGCGCUCAUCAUAAGAAACUGUCUCAAGCUAGAGGCUCUUCCAAAUUUUGAGAAGCUGAUACAUCUUGAGAUCUUCGAUGUUUCGGGCUGCACCGAGCUGGGGGAAAUCGAGGGAUCGUUCGAGAAUAUGUCUUAUCUUCGCGAGGUGAAUCUCUCUGGAACUAAACUCAAAACGUUUCCAGAGUUGCCAAAACAGAGCAUCUUCUGUUCUUCAAAACGCAUUGUGCUCGCUGAUUCGAGAUGUUUAGAGAAAGACGAGUGGAGCCUAAUAAAGGAAUGUUUAGAAGUGAAUCCAGAGGGAUCAAGCACCUCUAAUCUACCGGAGAAAACCGACGAAAAAACCGAGAAGCUUGUUCAUCACGGCAAUAGAUACAGAGUUCUUGAUCCUGAAGCUCCUUUGGAUAUCGAUAUCGUUGAUACAAAGAGAUCAGUGGAUCUUGGGAAAGAGUAUAUAUCCAGAGCAGAGUACGUCUCUGUUUCAGAAAAUGAAUCCGAAAGCGUGUCUCUGAUCUUCCGCGAGUUUCAGAUGAGAUCGGUAAGAGGUUGUUGGGUGGAGAGGUGCAAGAAGAUGGAGAAUCUCUUCUUAUCAGGUGAGAAACAAGACAUGGAGAUACCAUCGUCAUUGGAGACUCUCUGGAUCUCAAAUCUUCCAUUGCUUAAGAAACUAGACGGUGUUAAUGGAAGGUUUGUCUUCAAGAACCUCAAGAAGCUAAGCAUAGAUUGUUGUCCAAGCAUCGAAUCGCUCUUCCCGGGAGGUUCUCAGCUUCCUGAUAACCUUGAGAUUCUACGUGUGACGUUCUGUGAUCAGCUGAAGAAACUGUUUGAAGCAGAAGUAGGAGAGUUACCGAAGCUUCGCAAGCUCUACCUUCUUGAUUUGCCUGUUUUAUCGCCUGAUGGAGUGAGAUUUCCGAAUCUGGAGAAAUACACAAACGAGAAAUGUCCAAAUUUUGAAGCUACACUUGAGGAACUGAAGCUAGGAGCAAAGAAAACAGCAGAAAUUCCAGAAGAUCAGCCUCACAAGAAUAUUGAGGCUAAAAUCCAAACUCAAACACAGCCCACAGAAACUACAGGCCCAAUUCAACAAUAG